AUGCCAUCCACCUGUAGCGAAGACGAAUUCGAUGCUCUUCCCGACCUUUUCGGCAAUAUUGACUGGGACAGUGCGAACAUAGCAGGACUCGAAUCCGUACCUCCCGUUCCUCCCCAGUCCAGCCCUCCGAUGCCAUCCUCAUCCCAACCUACUGUCCAGCCCACGAGAACAUUCAGCUCUACUACCAUUAUAUCAGACGCCGACCAUAACACGGAUUCGCACCACAUUUCUGACGUUGAUAUGAACUGUGGGGAUCCUGAUGCUGGCUCUGUCCUUGAGACACCUGGAGGAGACGAGGAGGGGGUGGGAGAGGGUGGGAGGGCUGCUACGCCUUCGAGCUCAUACUCUUAUUCGUUUGACUCCAUCGACGAUGACUUCUUGAAGGAGGUGGACGCUUUUGAAGCUGGAUUCAGAGCUGAACGAGUGGUAGAGCAUGAAGCAGGAGCAUCAAGUACAAGAAUUGACGCAGUUGAUGGUUCUGCUCCACCAGCGGCUGGGUCAAGCUUGAGUUCAUCGAGACCGUCAAGCUUUGUGGAUCGCUUCGCGCCGAGAACACCACCACAGGGAGACCAGAGACUUGUCUCUUCUCGAUUCUUCCACGCUAGCCCUCCGAGUCCCGGUCCUCGUCUUCCUGGCGCGAAGACACGAACAUCGGCCUCUUCGCCUAAGAAAGACUCAUCCGUACCACUGGACCGCCCAAACGACCUGGGGCGAGAAGAAGCCACCCAGACCGUCGCAAGCACCCAUGAACACCAGCCAGAGCGCCGAUAUCGUAAACGUGCCCGGACAUCAGAUGCACAUUCUUCCAGUCCACAGUCUUCGUUACCUAUGAAACGCAGUAAGGGUAAAGAGAAAGAGAUGCCGCUGUCACAAGGGUCACAAGGCAGGAUACGGUCGUUAUUGCAAGGGUUCGAGGAUAAUAUGACUUGUCCGAUUUGUUUUGAUCUCUUCUCCGUGCCACAUCUAGGUAAUCCUUGUGGCCACUCAUUCUGUGGGCUCUGUGGGAUGGGCUGGAUCAAGGAAAACCGUACAUGCCCGAUGUGCAGGGCGAAACUGAACAAGCAGGUCCCCAUGAUCCCGAACAUCUCGCUCGACAACACUAUCGAGAGACACAUCAACGCGCUCGCCGCGAGUGGAGAUCGAGACUGGCUAGAAGGAGGAGAGAAGAUGGUAGAGUGGAAUGAGCGUCGAGAGAACUGGAAGACGGAAAAGGCAGCAUUGGAGAAAGCCCCAUCUCGGCAUAAGGCUAGGAAACCUGCCUCGAACUCUGCUAGUCGGUCGGGAUCAAGGACGAACACACCCGCUCCCGCUGUUGCUCCUGGCCCUCAGGCGCGGCAUUUGGAGGCUGACGACUCAUUCAUCGUUCCCGAUGAUUAUGAAGAACAUGAUGAGGAUUACGAAGGCAGUGACGAAGAUCAUGACCAUGGCGGGGGCGACACGGAAGAUGACUCUCAAGGUGGAGUCGUGAAUGUGGGAUCACGGUAUCGGUGUAACGGCACUCUUGGUCCCGCCAGACCUCACGCAAAGCGCAUUCAGAGCGGGCGCAAGCUGCCGCCUUUCCCUGAUCCUGAAUACGGCUUCACGGAGUGGAACAAUCUAGAACUGGUUAUCGUCCGGAAGAGCACGUACUCCUGCAGGUUGUCUUGCGCCUGUGAUCAAGGCGUUUGCCAGCCCUCUGAGUACUCGUCCUCGUCUUCAGACACUCUCGUCCCGCCUCAGACUCCACCCUCACUCUAUCAAUUCCCCCUUCCCCCUUCACCUCGUCUCGUCUGCAGCUAA